GGAGGAAGAAGAAGAGGUUAUAGUUUGUAAUCUAAGUUGUCUUAUUUACUUACUGAUUUGUCCGGUUAAUUAAAUGUUGUUGUUCUUUUCUUCCAAGGAGGAAGAAGAAGAAGAGGAAGAGGAAGAGGAGGAGGAGGAAGAAGAAGAAGAAGAAGCAGAGGAAGAGGAAGAAACGACUGAGUCGCCCAGCAAUCAAACAGAAACGUGUCAGAGCACUGAGAGAGAAAUCAACUGCAGGGGCAUUGGCAUUACUCACCUGCCAAGCUUCCAAAACCUUGAAGCCACGAAGGUGGAUUUGGCAGAGAACAACAUCAGGAUCAUCACAGCACAAGCUUUCUCGGGCCUCCUGAACCUGGACAUGCUGGACUUGAGUCAAAACAUACUGGACGACGAGUCGUUCAACCAAAACCCACUUUCUGUGAGUAACACAGCUCUGUCUGCAUCUUUUGGAAUUACUCACAAGAACUUGACCUCUCUGAGGAAGCUGAAUCUGGAUGACAACCGCAUCACCGUGAUCCCGACGCUGCCUUCAUCUCUGGAGGAGCUCAAAAUCAAAAACAAUAAGCUGAGUGGACUCACACCGCACUGCUUCAAAGGUUUGAUGAACCUCCUGAAGCUAGAGCUGGGAGGAAAUACUCUUCACGAGGGCAGUGUGUCCCCUCUAGCUUUUAGACCGCUACAGAGACUUCUUGACCUCCAGCUGAGUAACAAUCACUUCCGGUCCCUACCACUGAACCUUCCUCGCUCUCUUCAGACGCUGCAAAUGACUGAAAAUCUAAUUGAGGAGCUGACAGAGGACGCGCUGAGGGGCUGCAUUCAUUUGAGAGUGCUCGAACUGAGGCACAACCGUCUGCAUGAACAAGGCAUCGCUACCCACGCAUGGACGCGUCUUAAGUCCUUGGAAGCCUUGGAUCUAUCUCACAACCUGUUCACUUCUGUUCCUCUAAAUCUGCCGCGCCCUCUUCGUAAUCUGACCCUCCAGCACAACAACAUCAGUCACAUCCCAGCCUUCACGUUCCGUCACCUGCGGCCUGGCCUGCGGUCCCUGCGUCUGUCCCACAAUGACCUGAGCGACGACGGUAUAAAACAGUUCUCUUUUGUCGGAUCUUACCGCUCGCUGAGUGAGCUCCUAUUGGACAACAAUCGCCUUGGAGAGGUUCCUCGCUGCAUCAGGCAGUUUAAGAACCUGCAGGUGCUGAGACUGAGCAACAAUCAGAUCAGGCUGGUGAGGCAGUGGGGCGUGUGCCACCCUCGCAAUUCGGGCUCCUUGGCUUCAGUCCACCUCGAAAAUAAUCUGCUGGAAGUCGAGAAGAUUCCUCCAAAUGCUUUCUCCUGUCUCACCGACCCUCAGGGACUUGUUCUAUAUCCACAGCAGUGGUCUGCAUAUGACUGAUAGGACAGAGGGUGGGAUAGACAUACAGGAACACAUUUUUUCUCUCACUUUUGCAUCAUCCUAUAAUGAUACAGUGUUUGCAGAAAAAAAUGUUUCACCAUGUAUUUUGCUUAGUAAGCUGCAGCUUUCAUUAUAUCAUCUCUAAAGCUAUUUUCCUUUCACAUGUCAUCUUUGAGCAUUUCAGUAUGUAAUAAAGCAAACAUGUGCUUCAAAUUGUGCUUAAAAUAACCAAUGUUGUAAAAAUCGCUCUUUAUGUUGUAAAAGUUGCAUUACAUUGCAAUCAGG